CCAAAAGAGAAAGACGCAUCAUUCAUUUACAUUUCAUUUUUCGCUGACCGGAUUCCCCUUUUACUCAUCAUUACAGCCAGAAUCCAGUAAAAAUAACUUUGGAAAAGACUAGCGCCGACUCAGGAGAAAGCCCAUUUGCACUCUUAAGACCAUGUCACCUACCACAUCCACAACUACUACGGCCGGCGCCACUGCUAACAACAGCAACAACACUCCUGCUGCUGUGGUCCAGAACUCGCUUGUGACAGUACAUCCUUUGGUCCUUCUUUCUGUUGUUGACCAUUAUAAUCGUGUAGCUAAGAAUACAAAAAAGCGUGCUCUUGGUGUCCUUUUGGGUCAGGCCAAUGGAAAUAAGGUUAAUGUUGCCAACAGCUUCGCAGUGCCCUUUGAGGAAGAUGACAAAGAUCCGUCGGUUUGGUUCUUGGAUCAUAACUAUGUUGAAGCAAUGAACGAUAUGUUCCGUAAAGUCAAUGCAAAGGAGCGUAUGGUCGGCUGGUAUCACAGUGGCCCAAAGUUACGCGGUUCUGAUCUUGAAAUCAACGAAUUGUUCAAAAAGUACACGCCCAACCCAGCACUCGUCAUCAUUGAUGUGAAGCCUACAGAUCUGGAGAUCCCAACUGAUGCUUACUUUGCAGUCGAAGAGAUUCGUGAUGACGGAACUGCCACGACAAAGACUUUUGUCCAUGUUCCUUCGGAAAUUGAAGCAGAGGAGGCAGAGGAGAUUGGAGUCGAGCAUUUGUUGCGUGAUAUCAAGGAUAACGUUGUGGGUACACUCUCGACCCGUGUUGGAGACCAGCUGCGUUCUCUGAAGGGUUUGCAACAGAGAUUAGAAGAGAUCCAGGAGUACCUAGGUAAGGUUGUUGCAGGAUCCUUACCGAUCAACCAUCAAAUUAUCUACAACCUUCAGGACAUUUUCAAUCGUCUUCCAAAUCUUGAGGAUCCAGACACAAUCAAGAGUUUCUCCGUCAAGACAAACGAUCAAUUGUUGGUGAUUUACUUGUCGUCAUUGAUCCGAUCUGUCAUUGCAUUGCACAAUCUUAUCAAUAAUAAGAUCGAGAAUAAGAGAGCAGAGGAGGAACUGGAUAAUGCUGAUAAGGAUGGAAAACAAGACACAACUUCAGAAGGAGAUGCUAAGGAAGGAAAGGAGACUAAGGAUGUAAAACCUGGCAAAGAAGCAACCAAGUAAAAAAAAAAUGCCAAUUUGAAGUUUUCUUUUUCAUAGUGUAACAUACACAUUUUACAUAAAAACCAUCUCACAGAAUGGAGUAAAAACUAAAUUCAAAG